GAGUAUUUCAGGAAUAUUUAAGAGAAGCUCGCUAACAUGGAUCUGCUUCCAGCCCAGGAGGCUGCUAAAAUCUACCACACCAACUAUGUGAGAAACUCUCGAGCCAUCGGCGUCAUGUGGGCCGUGUUCACCAUCUGCUUCGUCAUCAUCACCAUGGUGGUCUUCAUCCAGCCCUACUGGAUCGGCGACAGCGUCAACACCCCACAGGCCGGAUACUUCGGCCUCUUCCACUACUGCAUCGGCAACGCGCUCACCUCGGAGCUCACCUGUAAGGGCAGCGUGCUGGACUUCAGCUCCAUCCCCUCACCGGCCUUCAGGACCGCCAUGUUCUUCGUGGGGACCUCCAUGCUUCUGAUCGUGGGCACCAUGGUGUGUUUCAGCCUCUUCUUCUUCUGCAACGCAGGGAACGUCUACAAGAUCUGCGCGUGGAUGCAGCUGGCCUCAGCUGCAUUGAUGGUGAUGGGCUGCAUGAUCUACCCAGACGGCUGGGACUCUCCAGAGGUGAAGAGGAUGUGUGGCCAGAGGACGGAUAAAUACAGCCUGGGGAACUGCACGGUGCGUUGGGCCUACAUUCUGGCCAUCAUCAGCAUCCUGGAUGCCCUGCUCCUGGCACUUCUGUCCUUCACCCUCGGCAACCGGCAGGACAAACUGCUGCCAGAUGACUUUGAGGUGGAAGGCGGAGGAGGUAAUGCACACAUGAAGGGGUGUGGACAGGGAACAAAUCCGGGAACUAACCAUGUCUGCUCUUUAGUUUAG